AUGAAGGGGAAAGCAUUGAAAUGCCUUGAAUGUGGAAAGAGUUUCACUCGGAGGGAUCAUCUCCAGAAUCAUGAAAGGACUCACACUGGGGAGAAACCCUAUAAAUGCCUGGAGUGUGGAAAGAGUUUCGCUCAGAAGUAUCUACUGCAGCAACAUGAAGGUACUCACACUGGGGAGAAGCCCUAUGAAUGCCUAGAAUGUGGAAAGAGCUUCACUUUUUCUUCAAGUCUACAUUCUCAUAAAAAAACUCACACUGGGGAGAAGCCCUAUGAAUGCUUGAAGUGUGGAAAGAGUUUCUCUCGGAGGGAACAUCUCCAAAUUCAUGAAAGGACUCACACUGGGGAGAAACCCUAUAAAUGCAUGGAGUGUGGAAAGGGUUUUACUCGGAGAGAAUCUCUGAAGAAACAUGAAAUGAUUCACACCGGGGAGAAACCCUAUAAAUGCCUAGAGUGUGGAAAGAGCUUCAAUCAGAAUGAAAAUCUAUGUGCACAUCAAAGGAUUCACAAUAUGGAGAAACCAUAUAAAUGCCCAGAAUGCGGCAAGAGCUUCACUCAGAAUUCAGGACUACGUACGCAUCAAAGGACUCACACUGGAGAGAAACCCAGCACAUGCCUGGAGUGUGGGAAGAGUUUCACUCAGAGUGCAAAUCUAUAUUUACAUCAAAGAACUCACAAUAUGGAGAAACCUUAUACGUGCCUGGAAUGUGGACAGAGCUUCAAUCAGCGUUCAUGUCUACUUUCACAUCAAAUGAAUCACACUGGGGAGAAACCGUAUAAAUGCCUGGAGUGUGGAAAAAGCUUCAAUCGGAAUUCAAAUCUACGUUCACAUGAAAGGACACAUACUGGAGAGAAACCCUACAAGUGCCUUGUGUGUGGACAGAGCUUCACUGUUAAUUCAAGUCUACAUAAACAUCGAAGGCUUCAUACUGGGGAGAAACCCUAUAAGUGCCUUGAGUGUGGACAGAGCUUCACACAGAAUUCAAGUCUACGUUCGCAUCAAAGGAUUCACACUGGGGAGAAACCUUAUAAAUGCUUUGAGUGUGGAAAGAGCUUCACCCAUAUUUCAGGUCUGCGUAAUCAUCAAAGGACCCACACUGGGGAGAACCCGUAUAAAUGCCUGGAGUGUGGACAGAGCUUCACUCGGAGUUCAGGUCUACGUUCACACCAAAAGAUACACUGGAACAAGGAGCCCCACAGAAUUAACGUCCACGCUGUCGCUUUGAGGAAAAGGUGCAGGCCAGGUGAAGGUGUCACAAUGGAAGCUGCAGCAACCACCAGCAGAUCGACUAGGGAAGGAUGCCAGGAUGAGCUGCAGCUCCAGGUAGUGUAA